GAGCGGCCGUGGCCAUGUCCCGGCGGGGGGCGGGCAAGCAGGUGUCGAGCUCCCCGCGGCGGAGGGCUGUGCCGGGCGCGGAGCUGCAGGAGCUGCGGAGCCGCACGGAACGCGCCGAGCGGCGGCUCCUGGCCUGCGAGACCCUGGUGGGGGAGCUGGGCAGCGGCCUGGCCAGCCUGGGCACCGUCCUGCAGGGCUACGGGGAGCUGCAGCAGCGCCUCCUCAACCUGGAGAACCUCCUCAAGAACAGGAACUUCUGGCUCCUGCGCCUCCCCCCCGGCUCCCGCGGGGAGAUCCCCAAGGUGCCGCUGACCUUCGAUGACGUCUCGGUGUAUUUCAACGAGCUGGAGUGGGAGAGGCUGGAGCGCUGGCAGAAGGACCUGUACAGGGCCGUGAUGAGGGGCAACUACGAGACACUGGUGUCCCUGGACUAUGCCAUGUCCAAGCCCGACAUCCUUUCCCAGAUCGAGAAGGAUGAAGAGCUCGGUGACAAAGAGGAUCAGGAGCCCCCAUGGACAUGGGCUGGGGACAGACAGGAGCCCCCACAGGCACCAGAAGGGAUGGAGCAGGCAGAGGAGUCUCUGGGAGGUGAAAUGCCCAUGGAAGCUGGCCCAGGAGUGGACAGUGCUGUGUCCAAGCCCAGUGGCCCAUCCCGGAUCGAGAGGGAUGAAGAGCUCCCUGACAAAGAGGGUCAGGAGCCCCCACAGACACAGACUGGGGACAGACAGAAAAACCCACAGGCACAGACUGGGGACAGACAGAAACACCCUCAGACACACACUGGGGACAGACAGAAACACCCUCAGACACACACUGGGGACAGACAGGAACACUCUCAGGCACACACCAGGGACAACCAGAAUCAUCCUCAGACACACACUGGGGACAGCCAGAAACAACCACAGACAUGCACUGGGGACAGACAGAAACACCCCCAGGCACAGACUGGGGACAGCCCAAAGCCUCCCCAGACACGCUCUGGGGACAGACAGAAACACACCCGGACACAGACAAGGGACAGACAGAAACCCCCCCAGACAGGUGUCCCCAACAACCAGAAGCCCCCACAGACACCAGAAGAGACGGAGCAGCAGGAAGAGGCUUUGGGAGAAGGUCCUGUCCCCAUGGAAGGGGGGCCAGAACUCCCCAUCCUGGUGAUGAACGUCAUGUCCCUGGGGGGCCAUCGGCCAGGGAUGGAGACGGAGGAGGAUCCGGAGGAUCCCGCAGAUCCCGACACAGAGGAAGCCUCGUUACCGGAAGAUGAAAUGCCGUGUGAAGGGGAUCCUCCCGAGAACACGGAGGUGAAGGAAGAGGAGCCUGAGGUGCUGCCAGAGGAUUCCACGCCCUGUUCUGGCUCAGAGAUCCAGAAGUGCCCCAAAAACGAGCCGGUCAAAGCCAAGAGCAAGAAGAAGCCGAACCGGUGCGAGACCAGCAGCCUCCUGAUGGGGAACUGCCGGCGCGGGUACGUGCGGGAAUGGUGCCAUCCCUGCACGGAGUGCGGGAAGCGCUUCCGCCUCAAGAUCAACCUCAUCAUCCACCAGCGCAGCCACGCCAAGGAGGGGCCCUACGAGUGCCCCGUGUGCGAGAUUGGCUUCACCGACAAGCGGCACCUGGACCUGCACCGGAGCGUCCACGUCAAGGACAGGGCCGUCGGAGCCAAGGUCUGGGGGAACGUGCACCCGGAGCUGCGCGUCCGCCCGCGGAGGGACCUCUGCGGCGGCAGCCCCGGGCUGGGCAACGGCAUCCACGCCGGGGGGGCCUUGCUGGGCCAGCCCAAGGAGGAGCCGGACGGAGGGGGCGGGUCCGGCGCCAGGAUCGCGCAGCCCCCGAAUCCCAAGCUGAAGUGCAUCUACUGCAAGAAGGUGCUGUCCUGCCCCGUGUCGCUCCGGCGGCACCUCCGCACCCACGCGCGGGAGCGGCCCCACUGCUGCAGCUCCUGCGACAAGAGCUUCACCCGCCACACCCACCUCCUGCGCCACGAGAAGAUCCACGAGCGAGCCCGGCGCGCCGCCGCCAUCCCGGCAUCCCAGCAUCCCGCGGCUCCUGCGGCCCAGAGGAACGUUUCCAAGGGGAACACGAGCCCCAAGCCAACAAAAGCGGGUCCACCCAACGCGCUCCUGUUGGGAGCGACACAGCUGGAGCUCCCAGACAAGGGCUGCCCCCUUCCCAACCGCGUCGGGAGAGCCGCACGGCCCGUGGUCCGGCUGGGAACGAGGGCGGCGCCGGCGGGGAUGAUGGAGAAAUGACCACGGGGCAGAUCCGAACUGUGUGUGGCCCUGGAGAGAAGCUGUGAGUGUUGGGUUUGCGUGUGGUGAGGCACCAGGGUUGGGAAUCUGCUGCGUUUUAGGAGCUUCCCGGAGUUGUAGAAAGAAUGGGAAGCAUGGAGACCACCACAGAGAGCAAAUUGCAGGAGCCUCCAGCAAUCUGAAAUGCUUCACCAUUCCACUGACUCUUGUACCCAUUGGCUGAUGCUUGGAAUUUUGCCAAGCUGACGUGCCUGGGAGAUGACCAGGUCAAACAGCAGCUGAGCUCUCCCAUUCCUUGACACUGGAACUGACCCCUCGCCUUGGGAAACACAACUGAAGAGGACAGGGAGAAGGGAAUGGAGUGGCACCAUUCCCAAGGAGCCCUUUGCUCCACUGACCAAGCUUCCUGACCAAGACGCUGGAUGAAGGGAAACCCCACCAUGUCCCGGCCACGCUUGUCACACCCCAUCCCAGGGAGGAGAUCCACCAACCCCUGCAGCGGGUCGGGAAUGCUGGAGCUUUGCACUGGAAGAUCCGUAGAACAA